CCCAUCUCUCUAUUCCUCUUCUCCCAUGUCCUCCGCCGCCGCCGCCGCCGCCGGAGCUACGAACCCCCACCUCGCCCGCUUAGGGUUCCGGCGAACCCUAAGACCCUCCGCCGCCGCCGCUUUCCGAUUCCGCUGCCUCUAUUUUCGAUCCAAAUCUGUCGGUCAAAGAUGGAACGCGCGGAAUCUUGCCUUUGUGGUUGCUGCAAUGGAUGAGAGCUCCGUGGAGUUUUCUGCGAUUGAGGACAGAAAUGGGGUUUUGGGAGGGAAGUCUUCUCCUCAGCUGUCUUCAAGUGAGGGCGAGGAGAGCGACGGUGACAUUGCAUAUCCUUCAGUAGACGUGGAUUUACAAGUAAAUAAGGACCGCUCGGAGGCGCCUGGUGAUUCUUUGACAGCGGCGGCUCACCGGCUUGCAAACCUUAGACAAGGUGAUAAAAGGAAAAGAUUUCGAACUGGAAUGUUGAUUAAUUUCUGGUUGAUCACCUUCAUAGUCAUCUUCUUGUUAUGGUUUGAUUGGUUUUCAUGGCGAAUAGUGAGAAAACCACUGAAGCCAUUUUUCUUAACGAAACCUUUUAUAGUGUCGGCAAUUUUAUCAGCAUUUGCCGGGCUUUUAUACGUCCCUAUAGUUGACAACUUGAAGAUUCACCAGAUUCUUAGAAAAGAAGGUCCAAAACACUCUUCCAAAAGGGGAACGCCCACAAUGGGUGGAUUAUUCUUUAUUCCUGUUGGAAUUGUUGUUGCUAAAGCUUUAGCUGGCGAUAGUUCCACUCAGUUAAGUGGAGCAGCAAUAGGAACUCUUGCAUUUGGUGGAAUUGGAUUACUUGAUGAUCUUUUGAGUUGCAUCAAGGGUCAUAACUAUGGUUUGUCAGGAUGGGUAAAGCUAGGUUUGCAGGUAGCUGUCGGAACAUGGUUCUCUUUUUGGCUGGACUCGGCAUCUAUAUCAUCGCCAUACAACAUGAAGUAUUUAGCUCCUCUUCCUCCACCACUUGGCCUUGUGUAUCUGGGAAGGCUCUAUCUUGGUUUGACAACAUUCUGUUUCGCUGCAACGGGGAAUGGAGUUAACUUAACCGACGGACUUGAUGGAUUAGCUGGAGGAGCAGCAGCACUGGCUUUCAUGGGAAUGUCUGUAGCUGUCCUUGCUAUAUGUCCUGAGCUAGCUGUAUUUGGAGCCUCGAUGGCGGGGGCUUGCAUAGGAUUUUUGUUCCACAAUCGAUACAAAGCCUCUGUAUUCAUGGGAGAUACUGGGUCCUUGGCGCUAGGCGGAGCACUUGCUGCAAUGGCUUCUUGUUCUGGCAUGUUCUUCCCAUUGUUUGUAGCAUCUGGUCUUUUUGUAUUGGAAGUUUUGUCGGUUAUAAUGCAGGUUCUCUCUGUGCAGGCCACUAAAAGGCUUUAUGGAGUUAGCAGGCGCGUAUUUCGGAUGGCGCCUGUGCACCAUCACUUCGAACUUUGUGGUUUCAAGGAGCCGGUCAUCGUGGCCACCGCCUAUGUUAUAUCCUAUGCAUUGGCUUUGCUCGCAGGCUACGUCGGCUUAAUUUCCGUUUGAAGCGCACCCGUUUCCACAACAACUUAAACACUCUUUUAAAGAUACAAUUUUCCUUUAGAGUUUUAGUCAAUUUUAACUACUCUAUCUACUUCUAUCUCAGAAAGAUAAAGGAGACCGACUAGCUCGAAAUUUGUCACUGUAUUACACCCAGUUGCAAAGUUACUUCCAUAGAGAACAAGGAUUUAUGAUUAUCACAUGUGAAUGACUCUUAACAUGAUACUUCAAUGUGUUAUGUUUUAGUUUAGUGUAUGAACUGGUGUUUUACGCUUUCGAAUUAUCGAGCACCAUUUAUUUUCCAGAAGGAAAUUGUGAAA